AUGUCCAAAAAGAAGCUAUUCAACGAAGAUCCUCAAAGAUUCAUUUUCGAUGACAAAUCUUUAAAAAUUUCAAGUCCAAAACUCUUAUCUCCAUCUAAUUUAUCAAAGAGUUCCAAUGGAUCUUACUUAAACGUGUCAGAUCGACCAGAUUUCGGUAAAGCAAAUAAUGGGGAAUUUGUAGAUCUCAACUCAAGCUUUACCACUGUUUUGAGUACCCAAGAUACUGCUGAUUAUGAUAUAAAUUCUUAUCCGGCAAGGUUUUACCAUUUCAGAGAUGGACUGCAAUGCUAGGUAAGCAAUUCUGGUAGCUUUCAGAGCCUAGCCCUAGUCUGUUCUUAGGGGUGGAUUUUUCCUCGUGGGGAAGGAGGGUGCAAGGUUGGAAAGGGGAAGCUCAGCAAAGUCCUCUGGACCAUUCGGGCAACUCCCUAGCGUGAAACUGGGCGUUACGUCCCAGGCUUUGCAUUUUUCCUUUUUGCCGAUAGCCGACCAGAAAAAUCCAUUUUUUGGGUUUUUUCGGAAAAGCAACCCAUGUACAAGCAAGUAGCUCAUUCAUGAGCCGUCGAAGACGUGGACAUUUGCCCUAGAAGCACCUUGGAGAUCGAAGCGAGUCUGUCCCCAGCGGACUGGUGGGGCCCGAUGCGACGAAAGGCGAGUGAUAAACCUGGGGUCGUAACCCGUAGUGGACGUUAAGCGAUAUAAAUACCAUAAGAUAAGAUAAGAUAUAAAUUCUUAUUCAAAGCAAGAUUAUGACCUGAUGAGAAAAUGACUUGUCCAAGAAGUUGAAGAAAUUAAAGCUUAUUAUAAGCAAAAAAUUGCAGAACUGUCAGAAAAAGAGCUUGAUUUAAUUAAAAGAAAUGAAUUACUUGAUGAAAAAGAAGCAGAAUUGAAGAAAGAAGCACUCCUUAUAAAAGACGAAAAAUUAAAAAUUAUCAGGCAAAAAGAGUGCUAUCAAAGGGUCAUGAAUCAAAGGAAAGAAGAGCAAAAUAAAUUCAAGGAACAAAUCACAAAUUUAUUGGCUGAUAUCAUUGCUCAUAAAGAAAUCAAUGAUGAAAGGCCAAUUACCCCGAUAUCCCCAUAUGUUAGAAAUUGAGAAGAGGAUUACUCUCCAAGAAAAUUUUCCCUGAGUAAAAGUAAGUCGCUCCUUCUAGAAAAUCCUUUGACCCCUAAUAGGAAUGCAUCAACUACCCCAGAUAUAUCAAUUUCAAGUGCAAAAGGGGGCUGGUCAUCUUUCUGAAUCUUAAUUAUAGGCAGAUUCUGCCUUUUUGUUUACGCAAUCACCAAGGACUCAUGAGGGCUCAUCAGCUUUGCAACGGUUUCUGUCAAGCUGGGUCGGAAACGAAAUGACUCCCCCAGUGAGUUGGAUAACCAGCGUCUUGCUCUUUAUUCGGCAUCUGGCGCCAGGUAUGACCGAAGUGUUCGCUUUUCCUUUUGCGCAUUCUCCUUGCCUUGCGGCUCCAGUGUUGAGUGGGCGGACUAGGAGUUGACGAAGACUGUCUGUAUAAAAACAUAAAAAGGGAAUUUCUGGCCAACUUUGGCAAAAGGGAAAAGUUCAAGGCCUGAACAUUGCUGUCCAUUUCUGAGUUGGUAAAACCUAGUGGAUAUACUUUAAAUAUGUGCUCGAAGGUGCAUAGUCUCCCGCCAUGCCCGAGCUGAGACGCCAUAUUUAAAGUACUAGUUAUCUUUUCAAGGAGAUAUAUUCGACUCCAAUAUUGAUCAAUUGCAAGAGCAAUUAAAAACUCUUGAACUCCAAAAAGCCGCUUCAGGGUCUAAUGUUGAUGCUUUUGAUGUAAAGAUCAAUAGACUUAAAACUCAAAUUUCUAAUGAGAAAUCCAAAAAAAUAAUUUCCAUAUCGAAUUCAAAAUGCAAUAGAGUCCGAAGAGGAAUGACUUUUGUGGAAAAAUACUCAGACCAUUUAGACGCUACACAUGCAAUCACAAAAAAUACGUCUACCUUAUAUAUAGAUUCCCCCGGGCAAAGUGAUAUUUCUUUUGAUGAAAAAGCUUCACACUCUCGAUCGAUUUCUCCUUUUAAUCUAGACCUGUCAUUCGAUGGAGUAAUAAAUGACCCAAAUAAGACCAAAGUCCUUACUAAUUUGAGUAUCAGCAUGCUUCUUCCUAAUAAGGAAGAAAAAACCUUAGACAUAUCUACAGAAAAAUGGAAGAAAAAAGGAUGGAUUGCAGUGCCGAACGUACAGAGCUUAAUCCCCAAGCCACCUAAAAAACUAACCCCUCUUGAGGAAAAGCAAAAAGUUUUGGACGAAGAAAUCGAAAAACACAAAAAAACGAUUUCAGAGCUAAAAUCGAAAGCAAGCCAACUUGAGUUGGAAGGACGAGAUUUGAGGAAAAAAUUGAAUAUUUAUGAAGACAAAGAAAAGAAACUGGACUCGUAUUUGAAGAGCCUAGUUCAGCUCGUUGAGAUGCACAUUGAAUUUAUGUAG